AUGUCGCCGCCAUGGAAGCCAUUCGCACUCAGCCCGGAGCGCGCAGCAGGCACGAUUCCACCAUAUGACGGCCCUCUCCCACAGUCGCCCUCUGCACCCUUGCUAUCAUCGAUACCACCACUAUCGCCUACACGAUCACCAAAUCGCUCGCCUAUUCGCGGCCCGAUGCAUCGACGCACCGACUCAGACGUGUCUGUCCAGGGCCUCGCGGUCAUGUUCGAAGGCCUCGAGGUUAAGGACCCCCGAGAAGCAGUCCAGCGAUACAAGCAGAUGCUCGAGAAGGAAAAAUCCAAAUGGGCCGAGAAGUUCCACCGUCACGAGAAGGAUCACAGCACCAUCCUGGAGCGCAAAGCGUUGCGUAUUGAGGAGUUGGAGAGCGAGCUAGCACAGGCAAGAUCAAGCCUGCAGGUCGGCGUCUCCAAAGACCAAUACGAGAAGGAAUGGAAGGCACACAAGGCUAAUGUCAAGAAGUGGGAGCAGGUCUUCAAAGACCGUGAAGAACGAUGGACCUCAGACUCGAUCAAAGUGAAAACUCUCGAAGAGCAGAACCGAGUGCUUGAGCAGAAGUACCGCCAACACCAGAAGCACGCGAGGCAAAUGCAGACUGAGAACUUGAAAGUCACCAACAUGGUGCCGACCAUGCAGGCCAAAGUGCAGAGCCUCGAGAAAGAGGUGCGACGGACAAGGUCAGAUCUCGACUACAAGUCAAGAGAGGCCGACAACUACAAGAACCAGGUCUACAGCCUGCAGGUCGAGUUCGAAGGCGCCGUAGCUCGCCUGAGUGAAGAGGUGCAAACACUAAAAGACACGCUCAAGUCAGUCGAAGGCGAACGCGACACUCUAAAGACUAGCUUGAAGGAAGAGGAGGUCAUGCGCAUCGCGGCAGAGGGCCACAUCCCGCUACCAACUGCUGGUGCAGAUGAGCACGAUGAAUUCGGCUCGCCAGUGCGCUCCCCACGCAAGCCACGGAGCGUGCAGCGCGAGGAUGAUGACAAGGAGAACGUGGCUCCCAAGAAGUCAGCAGUCGAGUACAAGCUUCUUCAGCAAGAGCUGGCCACAGAGAAACGCCUUCGCGAGCGCGCUCAGGACCAGAUCGACUUCAUGAAGAUGGAGUGCCAGUUCCAGUGCUGCUCGUGUCGCAUUGCUGAGAACAAGGGCAAGGCAUACGUACACGACGACACAUACGACACCCAGAUGCAGCACAUCAAGACCUCUGUGCCCGUAUACACUCCUCCAGCCAGUGCGCAUGAGGAUGAUGUGAUGGAGGGAGUGCUGAUGAAACAGGAACCAGUUGAAAAUGAACGUCCGUUCACACCUCCAGCAGAUGAGGUCCGUACUGCCAUCUCCGAGACCGAGUCCAGCAAUUUGGCUACCGAGGCUGAAGCUGUGAUUGCCUUCUCGCCAUCCACUGGCACAUUCAAGGCCAUUCCCUCUCCUGUCAAGGCUCCCGCAUCUACACACGUGGACACCCCCGCGAAGACCCCCAACUUGGAUCUGUCUACUGUUACCGAGACUUUUGUUGCGUCUUCGCCAUGUGCCCCAGAUGCCCCAAGCGUUGUACCCGAGGCUGUGAACCGCCGCAGCAUGUCAAACGAGAACAAGACCGCAUGUAUUGACAUUCACGAGGACGCCAUGGACGAGGAGGAUGAAGAAGAGUCUGAGCCUCAAGUACCGACACAAGAACAUUACGAACCCGCCACACCUGCACGUUAUGAGCUGCACACCACCACAACCACCAUUCCCAUUGCCUUCUCGCCGGCGACGCCAGCUUUUAGACCUGGCUUGGGACCUAUGACGCCUUCCACAAUCGCUCACGCUGCAUCGGACGCACAGACGCCUGUGCUGGGGGAGUUAUCUCUGAAUCUGCUGCCAAUUGAUAGAGAGAAGGCACUGCAAAAGAUCCGUGAACGUCGCGGCCGUGCUAGAAGUUUCGCUGCUGGUCACGGAACGCCCAUGAAGCAGAUGGUAGAGGGCGUGAAAGAGCGCAGGGACAUUAGUGCGCCAGUGUCAAGGGCACGCAGAUGA